AAAUGAUGAUUAGCUCAGAUACGCAUGUUGAAAGGGUCAGGACACAGCAAAAUGGGUUAAAUAAAUCCCCACCCAGUUGGCCAAAGCAUUAAACUAAAGAAGCAAAAGCAGCAUGGGCAUGGCAGUUCAUUGCAAUUCCGCUCCCUUGUCUUGCAAAACUUGGAGAAACAGAGGCCCCACACUCUUACCCGCCCGUCUCUGCUCACUUCCUCAAACCCCAUUUAGCUUCCGUUCAGAUGCAUUAAAGCUCUCAACUUGCAGGUGGGAUAAGGUGGCUUCUGCUGUUGCUUCUGAAGAAAGUGCAGUUGGAUCAAGCUCUUCUGGGACUGAUGUAUUCAACCUUACUUACCUAGAGGGGAAUAGUUGGCUGUGGGAUAUAAGUGGGGUGAGAGUUUUGGUUGAUCCAAUAUUGGUGGGUAACUUGGAUUUUGGUAUUCCAUGGCUCUAUGAUGCUGCCAAGAAAUUUUUGAAGAAUUUCGAGCUUACUGACCUUCCUCAAGUUGAUUGCUUACUCAUAACACAAAGCCUUGAUGAUCACUGCCAUUUAAAAACCUUAAAACCGCUCUCCGAGAUGUCCCCAAAUCUCAGAGUCAUUGCUACUCCAAAUGCCAAGCCUUUGCUGGAUCCUCUUUUCAGAAAUGUUACAUAUCUAGAACCUGGUCAGGAGUCUGAAGUUGAAGCAGAGAAUGGUUCCAAAGUCAGAAUUCAAGCUACUGCUGGGCCAGUCCUGGGUCCUCCAUGGCAACGACCUGAGAAUGGGUAUCUAGUCAUUUCUCCACAGGGCCAAUUGACUCUCUAUUAUGAACCUCAUUGCGUAUACAAUAAAGAUUUUCUUGAGAAGGAGCAUGCUGACAUUGUUAUCACCCCAGUGAUCAAGCAGCUUCUUCCAAAUUUUACUCUGGUUUCUGGACAAGAAGAUGCAGUGCAAUUAGCUAAACUGCUCCAUGCCAAGUUCAUUGUGCCAAUGAAAAAUGGAGAUCUUGAUAGCAAAGGAUUUCUUGCCAGCAUAAUCCAGGGUGAAGGAACAAUUGAAUCAUUCAAGGAGCUUUUGUCGAAGGAACUACCAGAUGCAAAGACUUUAGAGCCCACACCUGGUGAACCAUUGCAUAUUCCUCCCCCCUAAAAUCUCUACAUUUGCUAGUAAAACUAAAAAGAAAAGGGUAAAAGUGGAUAGGUUAAAAUAUGUUAUAUGUCUUUGUACUCUUCAUAAAUUUAGAAUUUAAUCUGUGUCGAACAUAUGUUUGUAUUUGUAUUGUAUCCGAAUUAUACUUGUAUUAGUGAAACUUUAUAAAAAAAAAACAGUUAUAUUAAAUGGUUGAUAUAUCCCAUUUCAAUUA